CCAUCUAACUGACGUUACUGCAAGUGGCACCUCCUUGCUAUAAUACGUAACUGCGCAUUCCGCCAUUAGCUUUUCUACUUUCGACGGCGACGGAUGUUUCUUUUCAUUCGUGUCCGCGCAUCCUUAGUUCACUAAAUUCUGCCGCAUGCUUUUCUCAGUACCACCGAAGCUCACACAUCGCAUACCCAUACACAGCCACGGAAAAAAGUUAAAGUCCAAAAGGUUCCUGUGAAAAGCGGCAGUUUAACACAUCAGGAAUUGUAGUUUUUUCCAAGAAGGAACUGUGCUUUUUUCACCUUAGUUUCCGAUACAUUUUUACAUAAUUUGCAUAAAAUACAUACAAAACUGAUUGGUAUCGAAGAUUGACUAUUGCCAAUCACCAAUAACAAUACAAACAAAGUGCCAAAAUGUCGUUAAGCAUUUGAGUCUGCAGACGAAAAGGAAAAUAGCUUGACAUAAAAUUUACAGUUACGUGGGAUUUACAACCGAGAGCUGUAACACACAGACAGGCCCACACAUACACGCAUACGCAAUCGGGUGAGUGCGGGAGUGAAGUCCUUGAAGCUUCUCGGCUUACGAGCAACCCCCAACAACAUUGGGUGCGUCGGUACUCGGCCCGACGUAACGGAUAACGGCAAAAAAUAACCGUCAACAAAAAACAAACAAACACAAGUACAGGAAGCCGACGAAGUCCGUGUGUGUGCUGGUGUAGAUUUACCGUUGCCCUUUCAUCUCUGUGUGCGAGUGUGUGUGUGGGCGCCACAAUAAAAGGAGGCGCAAAGGAUAUGAGGCCAACGUUGUCUGCCGCAUUUGCAAGUAAGGAAUUACCGUCCGUCCACAUCGGCUAAGACUAGAAUACCACUAUGUUUGGAUCCAAGCUGCGCUCCUGGAUGGAGACGCAUAUUGUGCGUCCCCGCAAGAAGGGCAGUAAACACAAGCAAGGGACCGCGGAAGCAGGCAGUUCUUGCUUGGGGAAGAAGGCUGGCACCUUACCCCCACAGGGCAGCAACCUAACUAGCCCGGUCCUGACCAGUAGCGGAAGCCACAGCAUCGCCAGUCCGGUUCGGAGACGCGAGGUCUCUCCCAUCCAGUGUCACCCGCCCAGUCGUCGAUAUGGCUGGCAAUCCCCAGACGAAGACUCCUAUGUCAUAGCUUCUCCCAAGUCGGACAACCUGCUUUACGCUCCGCACUGCUAUCAGCCGCAUCUACCGAUCCAGCAGCCGUCACACCACUUAAGCGUGCCCAAUAGCAAGGACACCCCCUGUGCAGAGAAAUCGCCUAUCAGGGUAAACUGCUCUUCAUCCUCCAUAUCGUCGUUGUCCUGGUCAACGGGAUCAAAGGAGCCCUCUUCUGGCAAACAAGCCACUUUUAAAGAGCAGUCCUUAAAUGGGGAAUAUCACAUUCCACCUGAGGAGGAGGUGGAGUAUGAGGAAGUUGGCGCUUUGCUACUUCGACCACCACCCCCCAUUGCGGAACAACAGCGCCCGCAGUCAGAAAACUUAAGCGCCAUGCGUCUAGUCUACGAGGAAGAGCCAAGGCAAAGCAACAACCAUGUUCGUUACGGUCGCCUGCUUCCCUCCAAGCUAGCACCGGCUCAGCUUGGCGAUUCGUUGGACACCUUGACAGCUACACCGCCAAUUCCACCCGCUCCUCUUAGCGGCUCGCGUAUGCGAACUCCACGAGGAAUUCAGCGCAGUAAUUUUAUGCCGGGACCCCGGCCACACAGCUUGCCCUCGCCAGAAAGCGCUUAUUCCACGGGCUACUCCACAGAUGGCACAUCGCCAUGCGCCGCCAGCAACUACAAUCCACCUGAGUACUACAUUAACAUGCGCUCGGGAACCCACUACUUCCCCAAGAGCGUCAAUUCGCUGGCCGUCGAGGCCCAACGUUACAAGUUCGGCCUAAACCGCAUUGAGGAGAUGUCGCCUAUGGAUCCGUUGCCCAAGAGCAACUUCGCAAGUGCCAAUCAUGGCCUGGAGUCGUCGCCCAGUCCGCUAGCUCUACGGCAGCAGUCAAAGCUCUUUGAGUCUCCCUCUCCGAGACAGCGCUGUCGCAUAAGAACAAAUCCCUGGUACAACACGGGAGAGCACUUGCCAACCUCCACAGGCCCCACCCGUUUGGAUCUGGAUGCCACCAGUACUACCUCCACGACCUCGUCGGGCAUUAAGUCAAGCAAUGAACUGGAAGUUCCGGCGGCCAAAACAAUACCAAACAAAGCAGGAAAGCCAGUCCCUUGCGCAGCAACCCCCAAGUGCAGAGCUACUCCUAGCCAGGCAGCCAAACAGGCUGGUGUGGACAUUGUUGGGGGUGGGGCCGGUGUUGCACCUGGAGCCGGAGUCGCUUACGAGUCCGAGGGCUCUUCGACUUCGACUGAAGUGGAAAAUAUGCAUGCCCCACAUACCAUAAAGCGGCGUCACUUGGAGCACGCCGAGACUACAACAACUUCAGCACCCGUAGUAGCUGGUGGCGGAACUGGAGCUACCACUACAUCCUUCGUUCUUAGUGAUGACGAGGCCACCCUUAACGAAAUGAUUGGGAAGUUUGACGAGAGUUACAUUUACGAAAAGGAAACUGAUAUAUUAAGUGAUUCAGAUCUUACUGACUGCUGUGCCUCGGAGCUAGACACUGGACAAGAUGCGGGAGAUGAAUGUGACACUGACGAGUUGUUGGAAAUUGACUUUAUAGACACUUCAUCCAUGCAAGAGGUGGAACUGGACCGCAAGGAUCUGUCACGAAAUCUGGGCAACUGUCACUACUAUACUAAUAACCCCAUCAGUCCCAUGAUGACUCGCAAGGCAUCAGUCCGCUCCCGACGCAAGAGCGGUCAGGAGACAGGGGAAAGCUCCCAACAGCGACGACGCAAGCGGUUCCUUAAAACACGUAAGAAGAGUUGUGAAAAUCGCGAAAAGACCCCAUCGUCGCCUCUUCGCGAGCCACGAGGGACCCGAAGUGUGGGUGGCACGCCCGUCUGCUUGCGCCGCAAUCUACUGGGUCCAAGAGAGAGAAUAUACAAGACGUCUCCCUUGUCAAACCGCUCCAACUCGCUGAUUUUUGGAAGCAUCAAUAAAAAUUCUACACUCACUAUCGCAGAAAGCGAAAAAGCACUUCUUAAGGCAGACUUGGAGGCUGAUAUGAAGUAUAAACAACUUAUUAUGGAAGCGGAGUCCUUGCUGGAAUCUAUGAAGAACAGCUUACAGAGCAUUCCCAGAGACACACCUGUCGCCAGUCCGAGGCGUUUGAAUCCCUUGGCCAACAAGCGCGUGGAAAUGCUUAAAAACAGUGAAGUGGACUCCAAAAAACAGGCUCCGGUUCCGAACUCUCCUCCGCUUGAGCAUGAGUUAGCAGCAGCCAUUAAUAAGCGCAUAGAAAUGCUCAAGUUUGAGACAUCGUCUGCUUCUUCGCCACCAAACAGUCCCAAGCUUGCUCGUUGCAGUCCUCGCAAAACGCAUCUGACCAACUUUAUGAAUCAAAAUGCUCCACCAGAGUUGCCGCCACGCAAGAUAAAAGGCAACCCGCCCUCUGCUCCACUCUCGCCACAACUUCAGCUAAAUGGAAGGAGUCUUCAGGAGAGUCCAAAAAGCAAGCGACGCACGAUGAUGGUGACUUCCACGACCACGACAACGGUGAUCAGCUUCCACGGGAGCGAUUCUGAGAUGGAGUGCAUAGCUGUAGAGGAUAUUGGGAAUCACAACUACUUGCCUCAGCCCCAAUCGAAUACGAUGGAUAACAAAGAUGAAUCGAAUACGAAGAUGGAAAACCCAUUGCAAGCCGAGUUAAAUAUUAAUAACAACUUUUAUUGCCCACACAGCGAGCCGUUAAAGCGCAAAGUAUACAAGGGAAGCUCAUCGUUCGAGCGCAUAAAGAAGAACUUCGACUUGGAAUUGGAUUCAAACGGACGGUGCAAGUCGAAUGAGCGUUCGCAAAUGAAACUGAUGGCCUCCGUGUCGGCCAAGAGCUCUAUGCAAGACGUGACCGUUGACGAGGCCAAGGGCCAUGCAAUAGGCGGUAGUAAUCGCAAGCAGCAGCUCAUACUGAAUACCAUUGUCGAUUUAAAGCGCAGCUUGGAGCAUCAAAGCUAUCAACUGAGUGGUCUUAAUGGCGAAUAGAACUGAUUUAACUAACUAAUAGAACUAAUAUCAUCAUCAUACUUAUUCAUAACACAUCAUAUAGACAGUAACUAGUUGGCUAAGAUAUAGGCUAACAGUCCAAACUAGUCCCUCAGACUAGACACUGAAACUGAGCGCAAUAACUUUUACUUAUAAGAGAAGACGAUUAUUUACAAAAAUACCAUAAUACUCAAGGGCCGUAAUAGAACAUAUGAACUGGUGCAGAAUCGUAUUACAAAAAAUGUAGCAUGUAGCAAAUUGUUUUUGAUGGAGUUUUUACAUUAUAAUCGUAAUCAUAACCCAGAAGUUUUCUAAGUAAUAUUUUCAGUUUUAAAGAUUUAGAUUUUAGUUAAAGCAUAUCAAACGAUUUUUAUACUAUGUAAUAUUCUGUUGAAUUUAAUCGUUUGUAUAUUUACAUACAUUUUGUUUUUGAAGUACUUUCUUUUACUGUAACAUUAAAAUUUUGUUUUUUAAACGGACUACGUGCCCAAGUUGAAAGUGUGUUCAGAACACUAUUUCCAUGGCAUGUCCAAUUAUACUAUCCUACCAACUCAUACUAUCCAAUCAUAGCUUGAAUACGUUGAUAUUAGUAACUAUACUACACUACAUAAGUUAAUAACUGAUAAUAUUCCUUAGUUUUUUAUAGAGCGUUUGUGCGGUAAUUAGGAAAAUAUCCUUACCUUGCAAUGCAAGUCUCACAUCAACCCCGCAAACAUUUAUAGAGCUCAUCUUAUUGCUAGACUUGACAGAACAUUUCACCUAAUUAACUUUAUUACCAAAGUAUUCGGAAGUAGACCUCUAAGUAACCCACAUUACGAUCCAUCCAAAUGAAAAUUGUUUAGCCAAAUUGUUUGUAGAAUAAUGAAAAGAAAAGGCAUUGUUUUACUGUUUUGUUCCCUUAGUUUAGUAGAUAAAGACGAUUGUUUUUUAUGCCACACAUUGGAUAAAAUAACGGAAAUCGCAGUAUUUUCCAGCUGGUUUUACAAUGAAUUCGAAUUUGUUUUUAUUGGCAACAAUUAUAAUGUAUUCCAAUUGGGCAAAAUUUGGUUGUAAUUUGGAUUAAUCGACUCAUGUAAUUAUGUAUGGUGUUGUGUACCCAAUUAAUAUGCAUAUAGACGCUGUAGAACCCACACGAGGAAUACAUAAUCUAAGUCAUACUGUAACGUGAUAAUAAACUUAAUGAAAACCCCCAGACCAAAAUCAAACCAGAUCCCAAUCCAAAUCAAAGAGGAUCCACAGAAUUGUAAGUAUAAAUUAAUUACAUAAGUCUCAGCUGUUUUGUUUGUACUUUCUAGUAGUACGUACGUCUUUGUAGCUUUGCGAGCUUGAUGCUCAUCCAAAUUAAAAUUGCAAUUUUCGUUUUUGCUUACGUACUAGUGCCUGCAUCUAGUAUUUAGAGUGCCUCUGGGCAGGUGGGGUAGUUGUUCGGUAUGCUGUGUUAAAUUUACUUAAUUAGUUUCACCCGGGACGCGACACUUGAACAUCGAACGCUAGGCCGCAAAACGAAAGACGCACCCAGCGAUAUCAAGACAUCGAACUCGCUGUUUUGAACUUUAAAUGGGCAGCUAAUGCGUAGUUCCACCCAGCCCACAGUGACGGCUUGGACCUGCAGCUGUCAUGGUAAUUUAUGCACCCUAGAUUCCAAAUAUUCAAUUGGUUUUCCGAUUAAAGCGACCUUAAGACAAUCCAACGAGCUUUUGAUAAGACGAUUUACAAACCGCAACUUAGGAAAGACUGCUGCAGAUUCACUUCGAAGACGGGGACUUACAUCCGUUCGAGACCCAGUACCACGUGUGGUAUGAGUGAUAUUCGUUUCUGUUGAAUACCGAUUAUCCUAUUAGUCGACACGUGUAAUUAUUGAACCCAUGUACUUUAAACGCCAAUAAAGGACCAAUAUUUUGAA